UUACUGUCCAAAAAAGGUGAAGAUUGGGGAAUAAGAAGGUCAAAAUGGGAAGAGCACCUUGUUGUAAAAAGGAGGGGUUGAGGAAAGGAACAUGGACAGCUGAAGAGGACAAGAUUCUUGUUGACUACAUUACCAAGAAUGGACAUGGCAGCUGGAAGUCUCUCCCUAAUCUUGCAGGUCUGCUCCGUUGUGGAAAGAGUUGUAGGCUCCGGUGGGCAAACUACCUUCGCCCCGGCAUUAAGCGCGGUCCAUUCAGCGCAGAAGAACUUGAAACCAUCAUUCAACUGCACAGUGUUCUUGGUAACAGGUGGUCUGUCAUAGCUUCCCAUUUGCCAGGAAGAACAGACAAUGACGUAAAGAACUACUGGAACUCGGGUCCAAGGAAACAAAGAGUCAAUCCCAAUAACCAUCAAAACCACCAGAUGUCCGUGCAGAUUGGUGUGAAGCACGAAAUGCCAUCACCAACCAACAUCCACUUCACACAAUGUGACAAGAGUGUUCUUGGACUGGCAUUUGAGAAUGAGAUGCAAUGCGACCCGUUCUUGCGCCUGUGGUGCUCCGAAGCUGGAGAACUGUUUCGCGGUUCAAAGAAAUCGUGUCCAAGCCCAGUGUCCCAAGGAGCUUCUGGUUCGUCGGUGAGCAAGUUUGAGACAAGUUCUGGGAUCACUCUUCAGGAGAAUGAACUUUCUUUAAAGAUUCUCAGCCCAAUGCCUGUGAAUUGCAAAGUAGAGGUAGAAGAAGAUUCAAAAUGCUAUAAACUGGAUGAUGAUGAUCCAUCUGAGGCAGCUCUCAAACUACUGCUAGAUUUUCCUGAGGGUGUUGAUGAAAUGGGAUUCUUGCGUAUUGGAUACAUUAGAAUGGACGCGACACAGUUACAACGCCCACAAGGACAUGACGGCCAAGCCUAUAACUACGAAGAAAAAGCACCUGCGGAGAAAGUAGGGGGCGGGGGAAGCGGUGGCGGGGUCCGUGCAGGCGAAGACGAACAUCAACACGAGAAAAAGUCGGUGCUGAAGAAAGUGAAAGCGAAGGCCAAGAAAAUCAAGGACACGCUUAAGCAUCACGGCCACGGCCACGAUGGUGAUGAUUCGCUCGAAGAUGAUGAUGACGAUGAAAUGGACGUUGACCCAAACGUCCAUGGCGGUCAUAUUGGUGAUGGAGUCAACAACACUGCUACACAGCACAGAACUCUGGAUGAUUUUGGUCAUGGGGAGAAGCCAAGCCUUAAGCCAAUGAAUCCCAAGAAGGAUCAUUAUGGUUUAGGGUUGAAAGAUGAAGGGAUCAUCAUACCUGAUGAAGCAGUAGAGCCCAGACAUGCCACAGGAAUCACUCGUGUGCCUUUGCAAAGGCACCCACCCGACCAUGGCAGCACCUGCGGUGAUGUCCUGCAACAGCCCAGGGUUGUAAAGAUUGGAGCACCGGUUGGUCUAGAGGAGGAUCCUCAAGCCCCAUCGGACCAUCCCCACCUGCCCUCAAACUAUCAGAGUAAAACCUCUGAUCCAACUGGCGUUGGUGCCAAUGAGGUGGUGUUAAGCCCGCUUAUUCAAUCAUUUGGGAAGAUGGAAGUUGGUAAGCCAGAAACAACAACAACAACAGGAAGUCAUGACCAGUUUGCUCCGGGAGACAAGUAUACGCCUGUGGAUCCAAUUCCCAAGAGGUUUGAUCCGACCAAACCCGAAGACCUUCCCAUUAAUCCAAUUGAUGGAAAGCCGUCAGAUCAACAGGGUAGGAGCUGUGUAGGUAAAAGUGCAGAAUACGCCAAGAGCACGGCAAUGACAGUGGCUGAGAAAUUGGCACCCAUGUAUGAGAAGGUUGCAGGUGCUGGAAGUGCUGCAAUUGAAAAACUUCCUCUGGUUGGUGGACAGAAGGGAAAGGAAGCAAGCAGAGAUGUGAACGAACAUGGCGAGCAAGGAGGAGGAGGAAAGAGUGUUACGAGCACGGUGAAGGAGAAACUGGCACCGGUGUAUGAUAAAGUAACAGCUGCUGGAAGCUCGUUAAUGUCGAAAGUUCAUGGCCCUGGAACAGGGGAGGCCACUGUGAAGGGGAAUGAGGAAGGCCAAGAGGAGAAAAGUAUUAAGAGUGAUAAAGGAGUGUCUAUGAAGGAGUACUUUGCAGAAAAAUUGAAGCCCGGAGAGGAUGACAGAGCCCUGUCUGAUGUGAUUUCGGGCACCUUUUCAAGGCAGAAGGAGGUACCAGAGGAAGCAGGGAAAGCUACUAGGCCGAUGGGUAAAGUGACUGAAUCUGAGGAAGUUGCAAGGAGAUUGGGAUCUAUUGACGAUAGUCCGAGGGAAGAAACUGGAGAGAAGGGUGUGGUGAAUAUGCUGAAAGGGGCAGUGAACUCGUGGCUUGGGAGAGACGGUGAGGCGAAGGCCACAGCUACAGGCCACAACACAAAUGAGACUCAAAGGGAAGGGGCUCAUGAUAAGAAUGCAAUGGGAGAGAGGCGACUUCAAGAAUCUGGGCAGUGAAGAACAAUAUACAUAUAUUCUGGAAAAGGAUGUGAUUUUGUUGUGGGUUUGGGGUGCGUGUAUAAUGUAUAUGCAUAAAGCUUCAUCUUCUGG